AUGGUUAGUCUGGAACAUAUUCCGGUGUUGCGGCCAUCGCUUCGCGAAAUGGAAGAUCCUAUUGGAUAUCUGUCACAGCCCAAUGUUCGUCGCUUGGGUCAUAUAUAUGGGAUGGUCAAGUUGGUUCCACCGGAAGAAUUUAAGCCGCCUUUGUCGAUAGAUGAAGAGACUUUCAAGUUCAAAGCAAGACUACAAUAUUUGAACGAGCUGAAUAUUUCGAAUCGUGGUCGCCUUUUUUUGAUGAAACAACUCAAUAAUUUCUACAUGCGUGGGAAGCGAAGACCAGAUAUUCUGCUUUCCAAGCCGUAUCGAGAGCUGAAAAGUGCCGAACUGGUUUACUACUACGAUCUUCUCAUCGCUGUGGUGCGGUUCUUUAAUGAGGAUACUAAGAAAGAAAAGAGAGCUUCAUUGGCAUCCUUUUCUGGGCGCAAGCGGCCUCUGUCUCGAAGAUUCAGCGAAGAAACGGCUGUACCAGCUGCUUCAGACCUUGUACUAGUACCUCUAAGCGAUAUAAUGGACAAUGUCGCACUUUGGAAAGAAGUUUCAACUACGUUAGUUGCAUCCGCUGAUGAGCUCAAAGAAGUAUUCUUGACAGUUUUGGCACCAUACUACGACUUUUUGCAGCGAAAGUCAGGUCUUUAUGGUGAUCAUGUGUCCCUAAUGUCCAAAUUAAUCUACACUGAAGAAUUUCCUAAGUCUUUGCUUCACGACUCCGACUCAUCCUCCGAUGACGAUGAGGAGGAAGAGGAGGGCUGCACUAUAUGCCAAAAAAUGUCACAUCGAUCGAAAACCAUUUUGUGUGACUCAUGCGACAAGCCUUUCCAUAUCUUUUGUCUAGAACCGCCGCUAAACGAUGUACCGAGGGGUAAAUGGGUUUGCAAUAACUGCAUCUUCGGCAAUGGAUACUAUGGUUUCAAAGAAGAAGACAAGUACUAUUCUAGAAAGACAUUUCAAGAGUUGUGUCAUGAUUAUGAUUCUCAAACUUGGCCCCUGGGCGACAAGCUUCAAAAUCUAGACGCUUUAGAGAUUUUGUUUUGGGAAAAAGUCAAUCGAAUCGAUAAGUCAAAGCCUAUCCGUUACGGUGCUGAUAUACAUAACGUUGGGCCUGGGGAAAUGACAGGCUUUCCGACAGCUGAUUACGUCCCGCCCGGAGUGCUACAAGAUAAUGAGGACUUGAAGAAGUAUGCGGCAUAUGUUAAACAUCCCAUGAAUCUGGUAAACUUGCCGAGCGCCAAAGGAUCGCUUUUGUCCGUAUUCGGGAAGAAAAUUUCGGGCAUGACGGUUCCCUGGAUUUACAUAGGUUCUACGUUCUCCACAUUUUGCUGGCAUUUGGAGGAUCAGUACACACUAAGCGCAAACUACCAGCACGAAGGAGACCCUAAAAUUUGGUAUAGCAUCCCUGAAGGCUCUUGCCAAAAGUUUAAUGAACUCAUGAGGAACAUUGCUCCAGAUUUAUUUCAAAAACAGCCCGAUUUGUUGCACCAGCUAGUUACUCUCAUAGCCCCAUACGACAAAAGAUUUCAGGAAGCUAAAAUUAGCUGCUACAAGGCCGUGCAAUAUCCUGGGGAGUACAUCAUAACUUUUCCUAAAUGUUAUCAUUCAGGAUUCAAUACAGGUUACAAUUUUAAUGAAGCGGUCAAUUUUACCCUAGAUCUGUGGUUGCCUUAUGGAGUUGAAGCCACUCGCGACUACGUGGGAACGGGCAAAAGAUGCGUGUUUGACAUGUGGGAGCUCAUGUUAACGGUCCUUGUCGAAUACCUAGAGAAUCCAAAAAAGUUUGACGAAGCUUUGGUGAGGAGAUGUCACUCUGAGCUGCUGCGAAUGUUCAAUCUAGAAAUGAAGACACUAGACCAGUUGGCGUGUGUAGUCAAGACACAAAAUGAGGCAACAGGGUUCACACGUCGGCACAUCGACGAUCACACGCAAUUGGAUGUUAAGGUCACUGUGAGCCGAGCCGGAAGUUACGAUGAUGAAUAUGUAAGCGGGAUAAGUUCCGAUGACGAAAGCGAUGGUGAUGAUGACAUUUUUUGCACGUUGUGCAAGACCAUAUGUCCCUUUGCCUUUGUCGCACACCGCACGAGUUCGCGUUACUCGAAGCGGAGACGCUUGCAUUCAAUAAGCCCAGCAGAAUGGAACCAUUUGGCAGAGAAAGGAGACAUGGAGGUACUGUGUGCACAGGACUACUUUAAGCUCGUUGAGCGAGCAGAAGAAGAUGGUGCUGCCGCAGCUUCUAGCGACACUGAUCCGAUUGAGCAAUUCAAGUACGACGAAUUGUAUUAUAUACGGCAGCCUGAUGAGAUAAGAGACAUUCUGAAAAGAGCCCAGCGAAAGAUAGACAGUAUGCUCCGGUGA